AGCCGCAACAACAAAUUUGCAUACAAAAAAAGAGAUUUAUUUAGGCAACAAAUUGACAAAUAUAUACAUUAGGGGUGCAAACGCAAAACACGUACAACCAACUUGGCAGGCCCUGCUCUCCCUCUCCACUUCUCUUCUAUCUAUCUACCUUCCUAUUUCCUUCUCAAAGUUUUCUUCGUCAGCUCAUCAAAUACAUCCCCCUUUCACCUUCCCAAAAAUAAUCAAAUAAUCAAAUCUUGAAAACCCAAAUUAAAUUCUCUAUCUUUUUGCUCUUUAUCUGACUGUAUACAGCAGUAUACACCUAGAAUAUACAAGAUUUCACUCUUUUCUUGACUCAUUUAGUUGAAGUGAAAAUGCCUGCUUGGUGGGGGAAAAAGUCCACCAAGAAUAAAGAAAGGGACAAGUAUGUAAAACCCAAAAGUUUUGAUGAGUUACUUUGUAGAAAUUCACCAAGAACUAGUAAGGAUUUUGCUGGUGGUGGUGGUUCUGGUUCUGGAUUCUCUGGGUUUGAUUCAGGUUCUUCUUUGGAAAAGACUCAUCCCUUACCCAUGCCAUCUGUUUCUUCAAUUGGAAAUGAUCAUGGGUCAGUUUCAGUUUCAAGUACUAGUUCAUCUGGGUCAUCUGAUGGUGCUGCUGCUGCUGCUGGGAAUACUGAUCAAGUGCAGUUGGAUACUUUUAGAGGACUUGGAGAUAAUAGAUUGAGCCCAUUGUCACGAAGCCCGGUUCGUUCCCGAGGGACAACUACCAUGUCGUCACCUUUACAUCCUCGGUUUUCGAGUAUGAAUCUGGACUCUCCAACGGGCAAGUUGGAUGAUGUGAGGAGUGAGUGUCAUCAGCUGCCCCUUCCACCUGGUUCUCCACCCAGUCCUUCUGCUUUGCCAAACCCAAGACCUUGUGUUGUGGCUGAAGGUCCAACCAUUAAUAUGUCAAAAUGGAAGAAAGGCAGGCUCCUAGGAAGAGGCACGUUUGGUCAUGUUUAUCUUGGAUUCAACAGGGAGAACGGACAAAUGUGUGCUAUAAAAGAAGUCAAGGUAGUUUCAGAUGAUCAGACAUCCAAAGAGUGUCUUAAGCAACUGAACCAGGAAAUCAUUUUACUCAGUAACUUGACACAUCCAAAUAUUGUUCGAUAUCAUGGAAGUGAACUGGAUGAAGAAACUCUAUCAGUUUACUUGGAAUACGUUUCUGGGGGUUCUAUACAUAAACUGCUGCAAGAAUAUGGACCUUUUAGGGAGCCAGUUAUACAAAACUACACCAGACAGAUCCUUUCCGGCCUUUCUUUUUUACAUGCUAGGAAUACAGUUCACAGGGACAUAAAGGGAGCCAAUAUACUGGUAGAUCCUAAUGGUGAAAUCAAGCUUGCUGAUUUUGGCAUGGCAAAACAUAUAACUUCGUGCUCCUCAGUGCUCUCUUUCAAAGGGAGUCCAUAUUGGAUGGCUCCUGAGGUGGUGAUGAAUACAAGUGGCUACGGCCUUGCAGUAGAUAUUUGGAGUUUGGGAUGUACAAUUCUUGAAAUGGCAACUUCAAAGCCACCUUGGAGCCAGUAUGAAGGGGUUGCCGCCAUAUUUAAAAUUGGAAACAGCAAAGACUUUCCUGAAAUUCCAGAACACCUUUCUAAUGAUGCCAAAAAUUUUAUACGAUUAUGCUUGCAGCGGGAGCCGUUAGCACGACCUACAGCUUCUCAACUACUAGAGCACCCUUUUGUUAAAAACCAAACUACAACAAAAGUUGCUCAUGUUGGUGUAACCAAGGAAACAUAUCCUCGUUCCUUUGAUGGAAGCCGGACACCGCCAGUGUUGGAGCUGCAUUCUGGUGGAAGGAAUAUUUCUCCCCCUGAAGGAAACUAUGCAUCCCAUCCGGUGAUUGCAGUCUCUAGACCAUUGAUCUGUGCAAGGGAAAAUGUAAAAGCCAUAACAUCAUUACCAGUAUCCCCUACUUCUAGCCCAUUAAGACAGUAUGAACCUGCCCGUAAGAGCUGUUAUCUUUCUCCUCCUCAUCCAUCUUAUGCCAUCGGGGGGCAGAGUGGAUACGAUGCUAAUGAUUACUCAAUGUUUCAAGCAAGGCCUAGCACAAGAACCACACUUGAGCCAUGGCUUGAAAUCCCUCAAUUUAGAGCUCAGACACCAUCUAGAUCCCUCAAAACACGACCUAUUCUUUAGUUCCGUGUGAUGUGUGAGGUGAAAGUUUUCUUACAUUGCACCACUCGUGGUCUCAUUGUGGGAAGAAUUGCAGAAACUAUGUCCCCUUGUAAGCGAUCCGUUUCAGUGUGAUGGGUGCAUUAUCAUCAAAGAAAUUUUGGGUGACCGUUGCAUGAUAGAGGGGGUUGACCAGGGUUUGGUUGCAUGAUGGAGGGUUGCAUUUUCUUGAAUAUGAGAUGUGUAAAAUGUACUUCAUUAUCAAUGUAAAUGCAAGAUGGCCACUUGAUUAAAUAUAAAUCGUAUCGUUCAAGAUCA